CGGCCACAGCGUACGGCCCCGCCCCUCCCAUCAAAAAGCGGCCCGGCGACAUCAUGGCGGCCCAGAGGACACACCUUCAGAAACUGGCAGAGAGACAGAGGGCAUCCAGGAUAAAUCACAACUUUGGAUUUCGGCAGUGUCCGUACUGACAGAUGAUAACAGAUACAAUGGUAUUUGACAUUCGGAAGCGAAUCAAGGACCACCUGGUUGCAAAAAGAAUCCACAGAACCCGACUGGUGACAAAAGAUGGCCACUGCAACAUUGAAUUUAACAACAUGAAUUAUAGCAACCACCUUGCCUUCCUCAUAGAUUUCUGGACAACAUUUGUGGAGUUAAGGUGGCGCUUUGUCCUCUUCUACUUCAUUGCCAUCUCUACCCUGAGUUGGGGCUUCUUCGGCCUGCUUUGGUUCUGGGUUGCCCAGAGCAAUGGGGACCUGAGUUGGCAGAACCCCCCACUGGACCACAUUCCAUGUGUGUUGAACAUCACAGGUCUUACAGAGGCCUUCCUCUACUCUCUGGAGACCCAGACCACCAUUGGGUAUGGUGAACGUGCCAUCACUGCUUUCUGCCCUGGUGCUGUUGCCCUACUUAUUGUCCAGUCGCUCAUAGGGACCAUAAUUAACAGCUUCCUAUGUGGGGCCAUCAUUGCCAAGAUCUCCCUCCCUAAGAAAAGAGCCAAGACCAUCAUGUUCAGUGAGAAAGCUGUCAUCUGUCCCAAGAAAGACAUUCUUUGCCUCAUGAUCAGAGUGGCCAACCUGCGCAGGACCCUGAUGAUUGGGAGCCAGAUCUACGGCAAGCUGUUGCGGACAACCAUCUCACCCAGUGGAGAAACAGUCAUCUUGCAUCAAAUGAAUGUUGAGUUCAUGGUGGAGGCUAUGAAAGACAACCUUUUUUUUGUGUGCCCUCUCACACUCUACCAUGUCAUCGAAAAGGCCAGCCCUUUCUACGAGAUGGCGGUCGACACGCUCCACAAGCAGGAGUUUGAGCUGGUGGUCUUCCUGGAUGGCACAGCUGAGUCGACCAGCUCGGCUUGCCAGGUCAGGACUUCUUUCAUUCCUCAGGAGAUCAUGUGGGGUUACAGCUUCCUACCCAUCAUCUCCCGCAGCAAAGAGGGCAAGUACAGAGUGGACUUCUCCAACUUCUCCAAGGUCACACCCGUGGCCACGGCACACUGUGGGUACUGCUUCUACAAGGUGCCGGGACACCAUCUACAUUCCAUUCCCGGAACUGACAGUAGGGGACUGGAAUUAAUUGACAUAGAACCUAGUGUUUGAACGAAGCCAGUGCACAUUGGGAAUAGAAGACUUGCAUGAUGUUGUUGUGGUCAACAGGGAGCUGGGACUGUCCCAUAGGUCCAUCUCUCAGGUGAACUCCUUAAGGCGCUGAGGAGAAACCUCUUAUUCUGAGGUGUGGGAAAGAGAGAAAAAGUGCUGUGUCAUGAAAUAACAUUAGGUUACACAUCUAGCCAUUGUUUUAACAUUUUUGCAAUUAGAGCAGAAGGGUAACAGUAGAAAUAGGUUAUGAUGAGACAAACAAUGUUUUUAAUUCAAUCUUAUCACCUGAAAAGCUCUCUGACAACCCAAAUCACUGGAUAAAGCAAGCUCCUCUUUAGAAUUUUACAACAGAAAGAGAGUAUUCACAAAUGCUGGCCCAGGGGAAACACAAAUGCAUUCUGUCUCUGGAAUAACAAGAGGUUUUGACCUGACCUAUAGCCCAAUAGCCUACAUCAAUUGUACCAAAGAGCCUGGAGAAAACACAACACUGAUAUUAUUGUUGGUUUACUUCUCAGUACAUUUUAGGGUAUUAUCAAAAGGUUUAGCGUAGAGGGUUGCCAAAUUUCAAUUGUUGGAUGUCCUCACUCUGGCUCUAUUUCAAUAAAAAUGACACAUCACUUUGCAGGCAAGCAUUAUUCGAGUUGCAGGCACUUGGUUUUACAUUGUCCAUCCAUAAAAAAAACCUUACCCUUACUAUUCAAGUUAUGGCUGUGUAUCUGUCUCUUCUCUG